UACCUUUUCCUGUGCGUGCGUGUGACAACGAGCGCGGAUCCGCUUGCGACGUAACACGCUCAGGAGCCGUCAACGUGUUUACCUGAACGGUGAGGAGACAACGGAGCGAGCCAAUGUCCUCUUUUACCGUUCAUCACCCUCCUCGCGUGUCCAGAGCAGUGAUUGCCCAGACGGUGGAAAGGAAUCGGUGUGUGAAACGCGAUCUGCCCGAGAGAAGCGAGAGAGAGGCGCCCAGCACACGCUACGGCAAAUGGCAACUUGUGCAGUGAGGAGUUUUAGCAGUGUGCCAGAGGCGACCUCAGAUUCAGAUGAUGAAGACAAACUGCACAUUGUAGAGGAGGACAGUAUUGCUGACGAUCCCGACCAAAAGUCCUCAGUAUUCCAGCUCAAAGCAGCAAGGCAGCUCUCUGAAACAUGCACACAAGAUGAUGGCAGCCUGGGGCCAGAUGCUUUAAUACAAGAAAUAAGGGUCAAAGAGGAGUGUGUCACUGAUGAGGAAGAUGGUGCUGAUGAUGAGGUGGCCGGUGAGGAAAAGCAGACGGAAACAGAGCAUAUUUACUCAGAUGCCCCAGAUGAGCAACAGAGAACGCCAGAGCGAGGGGUUCACGAUGAGAACGGUACUCCUGACGCAUUUUCGCAGCUGCACACCUGUCCGCACUGUUCCCGCGGUUACAAGCGUCAUACGUCGCUGAAGGAGCACAUUAAACUACGCCAUGAAAAGAGCGAGGACAACUACUGCUGCUCUCUCUGUAGCUACACCUUCACUUACCGCACACAGCUCGUCCGUCAUAUGACCGCGCACAGACACGUCCGGGAGCAGCGGAGUAUUUCGCAGUCGGGCGGAAACAGAAAGUUCAAGUGUACAGAAUGCUCCAAGGCCUUCAAAUACAAACAUCACUUGAAGGAGCACCUACGCAUACACAGCGGUGAAAAGCCAUAUGAGUGCUCUAAUUGUCGGAAGCGUUUCUCUCACUCGGGGUCCUACAGCUCUCACAUCAGCAGUAAGAAGUGUGCGAGCGUGACCCCUGCGGUCAACGGCCUGCCUCGCACACCUGGAGUGAAAACGGCUCUUACGGUUUCACGCUCCACACACAUCCUUCUAAGGGAGAAGGCGGACAUUACCAACAAGCCUCUGCAAGAGCAGCUCCCCCUGAAACAGAUCAAACAGGAGCCUGUCGAACAGCAACCCAAACCUGUGUCAGCAACUCCCUCGAUAGCCGCCACCACCACCACUACCAAUGGAGUCAUGGCUCCGCAAGGCGUCGUCCAAACAUUGGUCCUGCCCACUGUCGGGCUUGUCCAGCCAAUCAGCAUCAACCUAAGUGACUUACAAAACGCGCUGAAUGCAGCGAUGGACGGUAAUGUCAUCAGGCAGGUGUUGACCAGCACAAAUGCAAAUGGAACGAGUGCUAAAAUCGUAGGUCAAAUGCCAGCGCAGCCGCAGGCGCAAGCGGUCGUGUUGCAGCCACAGCAGGCGCAGCCGCAGGUGAUCUCUGCCAUCUCUUUGCCAGUUGUGGGACAGGACGGAAAUGCCAAAAUUAUCAUCAACUACAACCCACAGCUGGAAUCACAACUCAAGGCUGUGAAAGUGAACCCAACGCAACCCACAGCGACGCAAACCAGUAUAGCGCAGGCAAAAUCUACACAGGCAAACGUGGUGCAGCUUCAGUCGGUACACUCUAGCUCGACUGAAACCCAAACAUCAGGGACACCGAAACCUACACAGGUAAACAUCAUUAAACCAGUCCAAACAGGAAACCUCAGCAAACCGCCAUCUAUCAUCAAAAUAACGCCUGCGCAGGCCGCCAGGUUGGUUCAAGCUCGGGCGGCACAACCAAAGCUCACCCAGCAAACUUUGCUGCUGGUGAGACGGGCAGAUGGGACUCAGAGCCUUGUUGUUCGACAAAUACCUGUUGCUAAUUCCAACACGCAAAGCACAGAGACAAAAUCAACCCCGGAUAAGACAACAACCACUCCUCCAGCAGAGAACACCACAACUGAGACAACAGAAAGUACAGGUUCGCUGGAGGAUAAAUGUGUAAUACAAAACCUCACCGCCCCACCAGAAAUCAAAAUCAAAACCGAACCAGCCUCUCCGUCCAAGAUCGAGCAGAGUGAAGAGGACAAAGAGAUGCAGACAGAUGAAAAUCAAGAAGGAGGGAAACAAACAACAGCGACAACUGAGCCAGUCGAACACUCUGGAACGGUUCACAGCGGCGUCGCCUGUGGAGAUAACUUUCAUAACUAUGCGACAUGUCUGCUUUGCGACAGCUCCCCGAGCAAACGUAAGCCUUCGGACAGUCAAGAUGGUGAUGCCAAAGGGUCGCCCACAACUAUUUCUCUCUCCUCUUUACUGGAUAAGGAUAAGAGUGGAGCAGCAGAACGCCUCCUUCCUCUUCUCAAGGCCUACAGUCAGAACCCAGAGCCUACUGAGGAGCAGCUGUCUCAGGUGGCCAAGACAGUGAAGUUACCACUAGAGGCGGUCAGCAAGUGGUACCAGAAGAUGCGCUCCAAGAAGAUAUUGCUCCAGGCUGCAGGCAACCAGAAAAAGAACCAAGAGAAAACUACACCAUCUGCUGCACCUGAAGGAAUGAACUCCACUCAAGCCACCUGCACUCCCACUCCACCCCCUGAAGGCACAUCAGCGGACACCCAAAAUGGAAGCGCCGCUUCACCUGCCUCCCCUCCAGCCAGCGUCUCCACCGAUGAUCUCGUCAUCGUCAAGACAGAAGACGUAGAGGAGGAGCUGCAGUGUGAACCUCUGGAUCUCUCGCUCCCAAAGUCCAGCUCCGCUCAAGCCAGCACCACCACUAAGCUGUCGGUCUCCACCCAAAAGGAACCGCUCAACCUCACCUGCCUUAAGAAGCAACCGUUGCCAGGCAACACCAUCUAUGUGACGCAGGGUGGAACAGGUCCAUUAAACAUUGUGACAACGCCAUUGCCAACUCUGGUUGCCAUAGCAGAGCCAGGCGGUGUUCCGUGCAUAGGCACGGCAAUAUCCGGUAACAAACGAACCAUACUCAUCCCUCAGCUCACCUACACCUACACCACCAACCCCAGCAUCAAAACGCCUGACAAUGCCUUGACAGAAACAAAGGGGACGGUGAUACUCAACAACUGUCCGAAGGUGGCGGACACGGCUUCAGAUUGCGUGUCAGAGGACCAGAACGAUGAAGAUUCACCACUAAUGAAGAAAAAAAGGAAGACUGUCGGUGGCCUGUACGCCUGCGAUCUGUGUGACAAAAUCUUCCAGAAGAGCAGCUCACUGCUGCGACACAAGUAUGAACACACAGGUAAGCGGCCUCAUGAGUGCGGGAUCUGUAAUAAGGCUUUCAAACACAAGCACCACCUGAUCGAGCACACGCGACUACACUCCGGAGAGAAGCCCUACCAGUGUGACAAGUGCGGGAAACGCUUCUCUCACUCUGGCUCUUAUUCUCAGCACAUGAACCAUCGAUACUCCUACUGCAAGAGAGACACUCAUGAGCUGCCAGAGCAGGUCAGCACCUCCACUCCUCCCUCUCAACUCGACUCGGAUGAGAGAGAGAGUGACGGAGAGGAAGAAGAGGAUUUAACCGCUCUGGACAUGAGUGAUAUCAGAGUGGUGCAGGUGGGAGACGAUUACGAGGAUGAAGAGGAGAGCGGCGGAGAGGAAGAGCAGGAACGAGGACACGAGGAGCAAGAGACAGAGGAAGGAGGAAUGGUGAUGGAAGUGGAGCUUGGAGAUACUGACACUUUGGAGGAGGAAACGGUGGAAACUGAGAAUGCUAUGGAGACGCAGGAGGACGCAGUUCUCAGAAAUAAUGACGAAAACACAGAAAUGGCAACCGAGGACUGAAAAAUGAACGCUCUUCGGUCACUCACGUGGGACUAAUGAAAGGUGACGAGCUCUUCAUCAUAAACUUACAAUCGUCGGUUGCUAUUGAAACUGUGUCUCAGCUCUUUACUGUGUAUAAAACCCAGGUGUGCCUGAUUUGCAAAACAAUAUUUCCUUGUUUAAAAAAGGAGAAACAGAAACUCCAACUCAACUAGACUUCGUAGGACUUCAAAGUUUCAGUUGUUUGGCUUUGUUCCGUUACUGAACCGCCCCCCCCCCCCGGUAUGUCGAUUUAUCAGUGUUCACGUGUUUUUGUUGCUCUGUACAGUCAGAUUUCUAUACCUUUAUAUUUGCCAAUGAAGUUUACGAAAAUCAGUAUUUUAAAGUUUUGAGAAACAAAACUAAAUUCUGCACUGCAGGUAUAACUGGUUUACUUACGGGGGUGAUUCUCAUGAAAACUGUCAAGAAGGGUCAUAUUUCACUUGAAAAAUCGAAAGAGAAAAAUUAAGAAAUUAUAUUUUGCAUGGCGACAAUGAAGCCUUUUUUAAUGAACACAUUUUUAAUUGUCUGAAACAUUUAAGAAUGAUUGCAUAUAUACGUUGAUUUUAAUUCAUGCCAUACAGUUUAAAGGAGAAGUCCCCUUCCAGAACGAAAAUUUACAGAUAAUGUACUCAUGUACUCCAGAUGUUCAUGUCUUUUUUUUUUUUUUCAGCCGUAAAGAAAUUGUUUUUUGAGGGAAACAUUUCAGCAUUUUUCUCCAUAUAAUGGACUGAUAUGGUGCCCCGAUUUUGAACUUCCAAAAUGCAGUUUAAAUGCGGCUUCAAACGAUCCCAAAUGCGGUUAUAAACGAUCCCAGCCGAGGACGAAGGGUCUUAUCUAGCGAAACGAUCGGUUAUUUUCAUUAAAAAAAAUACAAUUUAAAAAUUUGUAAAUCGCAAACGCUUGUCUUGCUCUCCCUGAACCUAGUGUAUUCUGGCUCAAGACAGUAUGUGGAAAAACUCCAAUCGUAUUUUCUCCCUCAACUUCAAAAAUCAUUUCAAAAUCAUCCUACAUCACUGCAAAAGUACAGACACAGUCUUUGCAAAGUGAACAUGCAAAGAUCAUCAAACAUCCUUAAAAAAAAGAUAAAACAGCGAUAUAGGACGAUUUUGAAGUUGAGGGAGAACAUGAGAUGGGAAUUUUGCGACAUUACCUAACUGUCAUGAACCGGAAAAAACAGUUUAGGCAGAGCGAGACAAGAUAAGCGUUUGACAUUAAAAAGUAUAUAAAUUGUAUUAUUUUUAUGAAAAUAAGCAAUCGUUUCGCUAGAUAAGACCCUUCUUCCUCGGCUGGGAUCGUUUGAAGCUGCAUUUAAACUGCAUUUUGGAAGUUCAAAUACGAGGCAAUGUAAAAGUCCACUAUAUGGAAAAAAAAAAAUCCUGAAAUGUUUUCUUCAAAAAUCAUAAUUUCUUUAGGGCUGAAGAAAGAAAGAUAUGAACAUCUUGGAGGAGAGUACAUUAUCUGUCAACUGUUGUUCUGGAAGUGGACUUUAAUUCAGGCUGAUUUUAAUUUUAAAAAAAGUGUUCAGACAGAAUGGUUUUCAUUAUGUAUUCCAGUAUUUUUAAUCUUCACAUUAGACUAUUUCUGAAUGCAAUCAUUUUUUUUAACUUGAUUUUUUUGGGGGUGAAAUAUGACCUGGGCAUUUCUUUGUGAGUUUAACCACAGAUACUUAAUGCCUCAAGUUUAAGAUACCAUUCAGUAUUUUUGUCGUGUUAAUCAGGCAAGCUGUUGUUAGCGUUGCCUCGUUUUUCCCCAUCUGAUUGUUUGUCUGCCUUAUAAAGGAAAUUAAAUUGCACUUCACUAUUAAGAGCUCAUUUAUAAAAAGAAGAAAAUUUAAAUCAAAUGAAUCAUUAAUAAUAGAAACAUUCAUAGGAAUGCUUAUUAUCAUUUUUAAAAAAAAAAAUCAAAUCACUUUGAUAGAAUUGUAAUGAACUACUCAACUGAAUAAUUCAAAUCUCUAUUUGAAUUCUACUGACAAAAAAAAAAAGAUGUUUUGUAAUAAGCACUCCAAAAUAUUUGUCGGUAAUUGUAAAUGUUACUUUUCACGAUCAUGACGCCAUAACUUCAGGAAAAAAAAAGUGUCAACCUCAAAAGGCAGUUUCACCUGUUGUUACAUUCGUCUUUGUGUGGCUUUACGUUGUAAUGUGUCAGUCUGUGUUCAUAGGAGAUGCUCUAAGGAACUGCACACCCACAGCCUUAUGCAAGACCGCCAAGCUGUAAGUGCCAUUCACAAACAUUAACACAGUGCUCCACAGUCACGCCGGACAAUCUAGACUUUAGUCAGCUCACCAAGAAUUUAAUCAUAUGCACUGCCAGUCAAAAGUUUUUGAACAGUAGGAUUUUUAAUGUUUUUUUUAAAGAAGUCUCUUAUGCUCAACAAGCCUGCAUUUAUUUGAUUGAAAGUACAGCAAAAAGUGAAAUUUUGAAAUAUUGUUACGGUUUAAAAUAGCUGAUUUCUAUUUUAAUAUAUUUGAAAAUGUAAUUUAUUUCUGUGAUUUCAAAGAUAAAUUUUUAGCAUCAUUAUUUUAGUCACAUGAUCCUUUAGAAAUCAUUCUAAUAUGAUUUGCUAUUCAGAAUACAUUAUUAUUAAUAUGUUGAAAACAGCCAAGUAGAAUUUUUUCAGAACAGCAUUUAUCUGAAAUAGAAAUCUUUUGUAAAAUUAUAAAUGUCUUUAUCAUCACUUUUGAUCAUCCUUGCGAAAUAAAAGUAUUAAUUUCUAUAAUAUCUUCAGACACUGAAGACUGGAUUAAUGAUGUUGAAAAUUUAGCUUUGAUCACAGGAAUAAAUUUCAUUUUAAAAUAUAUUCAAAUAGAAAGCAGUUAUUUUAAACAGUAAAAAUAUUUCACAAUAUUACUGCUUUUGCUGUAUUUUGGAUCAAAUAAAUGCAGGCUUGGUGAGCAAAAGAGUUUGUUCACUGUUCAAAAACUUUUGACUGGUAGUGUAUAAAAAUGUCCGAACUGCUCAAGGACCCAACAGAUUUGACAAAUUCACAAAAGUAUUAAAGUUUGUAACACUGCCCUCAGUUGUAAUCAAAUGGCACACUGUCAAGCUGUUAUAGCUCAUGCUGGUUUUCAGUGUUUAGAAAAGUUGUUUUCUCUCUUAGCCCACUUUGGUUGCUAGUUUAACUUUACUAUGAGGGGAAAAAAAGAUAUGUAGCCCUGCAUAUGUAGAACCUAAAACAAAUAGCCAAACCAAGUAAUGAACACAAACCAAUUAGAAGUAGGUUAAGGAUUAUUUGAUGAAAUGUAUAAAGCAUAGGAUUGUAUAGGAGAGCGCAAGACCUCCAACACAUAUUCAUCAGCAAGUGUUCUCUCUGUUAGGAAGAUUUCCAAUGUGCACGGCCAUGUAAAUGAAACUAAAUCUAGCAUCGCGAAGUCAUGCAGAAGGCAAAUACGGACCGUAUGUAAUAUGACUGUGAAGUGCAUGAUGAAAGCAGCACUUUGGAAGAGGCGCAUAGGAUUAGAAAUGUUUUAGUUGAUUGUGUCUGAGCAGACCUUACAGUAUUAUUAAUUUCAAUGUAUUUCGAAUUGUUUAUUCAUUUUGUGUUUAUGCAUGUGUAUAUUGUGUAAUACCAUCAGUAUUAUUGUCAUUGACAAAUGUUUCAUUUGUAGAACCUUUUUAUAUACGUCUUAUUUUUGUAUUGCUUUAUUUAUUGCGUGUGUAAUAUACACAACACUGUAGUUUAACACAAUGUAUUUUAGAAUUAAUCUCAGUGCCACGAAGGAGGUUCAACCCUGACAUAUAGUAUAUAAAUCCGAAUUUAACAGUAUUAGUUUUAUAACUUCAAGUUAUUUUUUAUUGCUACCACAGAAAGUCAAUCAGGCAGACAUUUGCACCCAUUGCUUUGGUUUUUCCCAAACCCUGAACCUUUCCCAACAGCUUCACGGUAAUAGUAAAUGACCCUUAAACCUGUGAUCAAGAGCAUGGAUUCAUGUUGUACUGGUGUUGAAAUUGCCAUUUUGGAACCAAAAGUAGUCAACCCAUUUUGUCUGUUUUUAUUUGUGCCAACUUUGCAUUGUGUGUGUGUAAACGUCACAUUUUCCACGAGGUGAUGAACUUAUUUGUAGGAUUUUUCUUCCUUUGUUUCCUUUUAUGAUGCCCCAUAAAAUAAAAUGAAGUGAAGCACCAA